AUGACGCUCGAAUUCGCGAGUGUUGGAAGCUGGGCGUUCCUUUGGUGCGCCAUCUUCGACCCGCAGGCGUAUGAGUGGUACAGGGAUCAGUCUGCCCGCCGUAACAAGCUAAGGGCGACGGAGCGCAAGGGACUGGCCCACGCACACUCGUACGCUAUUGUGAUUUAUUUGGACAAACAAACAAGAGACAAGUACGACCUCCUCCAGAAGGCCUCCGACGGCCUAGCCGCUCCCUUCUCCGCCUUCCUCGAGGCAGGCAGCGGCAAGAAGCCGGACUGGGUCGUCAUCGACACCUUCCACCACCUGGUCGCCGCGGCGGCGCUCGACCGGAAGGUGCCGUCUGUGGUGUUCUUGAUUUACUCUGCCGGUACGUCCGUCCUCUAUGGUGUGCCGCGUGUGUCCACGGUCGCGCACGAGGAGCUCGGGGCAUCACUAGCCCAGCGGUGCAUGUUCACCUACGAGACCUGCAAGAUCAUCGCCCAUCGGUGCUGCGCUGAGUUGGAGCCGGAAUCCGUGCCACUCCUGUCCAAGAUCUUCGGGAAGCCGGUCUCCCCAGUCGGUCUGCUGCCGCCCCCUUUUGCAGGAAGUCGAGGCUUGAGGAUAAUAAACGGAGCGGCGACCGAGAAGGGCGACGCACUCGUCUCAUGGCUCGACCGGCAGCCGGACAAGUCCGUCGUCUACGUCGCGCUGGGAAGCGAGGCACCGCUGAGCACGGAGCUGGUGCACGAGAUGGCACUAGGCCUGGAGCUCACCGGGACGCGCUUCCUCUGGGCUCUCAGGAAGCCCAGCGGCGUCCCUGACGGCGACGUAGAUAUCCUUCCUGUCAGGAAGCGUUUCUACUCCCUCGUAAGGAAGCCGCGUUGGACUUAUAUUGAUUGGGGCGCAAGGCCAAGCUUGGAGUACAAGUUGAGGACUUACCGAUCUCUAGGAUUCGGUGGUUUAGAUAUACUACGGGAUAAGAGAGAGAGAGGGGUUUAG